UCCAGGAUUUUCCUCGGCCUGUGCCCAUCUUUGUUAGUCAUUCCAAACAUUCCUGGAGUUUCUCUUCUUAGGUCCACCACAGCACCGGGGAGCGCUUCCUCCUGCUGGGCUUCUCCAACUGGCCCCCGCUUCAGCCCACCCUCAUCGUCCUCGUCCUCCUCUGCUACCUCCUAACCCUGGCCGGCAACUCGGCUCCGCUGCUGCUGGCGGUGCGCAACCCGCGCCCGCACGCGCCCCUGUGCUUCUCCGUGAGCCCCGGGCCGCGGUGGACGGCCUCGGCUGAGCACCAAAUGCUUGCCCCCCGGGGGGUUGUCUUGCUGCGGCCGGCAGCCGUCAUCCUGGCCUCCUACGGCGCUGUGGGCCAAACGGUGUGGGGCAUGAGGUCCCCAGGGGGCCGGAGGAAAGCGGUGGGCACGUGUGGCUCCCACCUGACAGCAGUUUGCUUGUUCUACGGUUCUGCCACGUACACCUACCUGCAACCCACACGCAGCUACAACCAGGGCCGAGGCAAAUUCGUUUCUCUCUUUUACACCGUGCUCACGCCAGCCCUCAAUCCUCUCACCUACAGUCUCAGAAAUAAAGAAGUGAAGGCAGCGAGGAGGCUUCAGAGAAGUGUGGGGAGGCGGCAGGACCGGCAGCGAGUGGGCUCAAGGAUGGAAAUGCCUCGUUCGUUUUCGAAUCUGCAAGAUGUGUCCCAGCGAGUCCACGGUAAAUGGGGAAUUUCUCCCAUCGGGUGA